UGACACACGGUCGCCCCCCUAGUCUUUGCGGUGUGUCCAGCUCUGUCGCUACCGGUUGGCCCCAGUUGGCCUUUUUUUGGCCCACUCUACAUGUUGAAUCUGAGGAGUCGUCGCCGGCGCGGUUGGGGGUAGGAAUCUCUCUGAUUGGCUGUUCAGCUAAGCGAAACAGGAGAGCCAGUGCACGGGAAGAAAUACGGAAGCGCCUCUUCUAUUCUUGUUCCGCUAAUAAAAGACCAAAGGCUCCAUUUUCCAGUUCCAUUUUCAACUUUUUAUCAGACCUUAUUCUCCAUUAGAAGUACCUAUGUUACGAGAGUUGUGCGACAACGGUGAGAAAAUUGUCUUCUCGUAUCACAACAGCGGUUUAUUUAUCCGCGUUCUUCCUCGUCCUCUUCCGGUUUCCCCUUUUUGGAAUGACGAUUACAGACUACCAUGGAGAGUCUGUAAUGCCUCUUGCGCAGAAUGUACAUGGUUGUUUGGCCGUUGACUGAAGUCUUUGCGGUGUGUUCUAGUGCAACUUUUUGGCCAAGACCAAAGGCGUCCACCAACGACGCCACUACUUCUUGGCACUCUGCUUGGUGUGUCAGGGCCUUUAGGGUGCACUCACACUAGGCAAAGUUGUCCCGUACCGUGCUUUAGAACGAUUGUCCCCCCUCCUCAUUCCCCCGCUGGCCCGCACUCACUGCUCCAGGACUAACCGGGCCUGAGCACAGUUACCUUUUGAACAUGAUGUCAUUAUACAACACAUGCAUGUCUUUAAGUGAUCAUGCAAAACGUGCUGAGUUUACAAGACAGGUGGACUCGAGAGAAAAAAAUUAAAAAAUAGGGACGUACUGUCGGGUCUGCGUCCGCACAUCGGAGAACAAGUCAGCUACUUUACAGACUUUGUGUCUUAUUUUGAGUCAUUUUAGUCAGAUACAGCCAGAACACCCCGGGAUUUCACCAUAAUGAAAGCUGUCAAUGUUGUGUACCCGUGCUUGUGCUCGUGCAUGAACUGUGUACCGUGCUGAAGCACACCUCUUCCAAGCAUGCCAGGGCCAAGGAAGUGCUUGAGCAUGGAUCAGAGCGCUCACACUAGUCAAACAAGCUGGACUUUAGGGGUGAAGCAUGCUUGGUCAUGGUACUGAUUGCCUAGUGCGGUGCUAGAGUUGUGCCGCAAUGAUGCAUUUUCUGACCAGCAGGCUUUUCAGCAUCAUCUGAGCCAAAUAAAUACCUUCAUUACAAACCAGGAUAAAGAGACUUCCAAUUCUGAGAUGAAAGUUUCAGUUACAAACUUCCUGAGGCUUGUUCACACUCUAAUGGAAGAUCACUGUCAGAGGGAUAUCUUUUAUAAGAACAUCUUCCCAACACUGUUUGGUCCUAAAUAUGACUCAGCUCUACAGGCUCUAAUGAAGAAAUUCCUCCUCAAUCUGCAUGAGCUGCUGCCUGUUCCUAACCUUGAACAAACUUCCCUUUGGUUGAGUCUGUCUCCUUCUAUCUUGAAAGAGUGUGUGGACUUCAUGAACCAGUCUAAGCCACUUAAAACACUUAUCCAGCAUCACAAACACCAUGGGCACAAAGUUCCUAAAGCUUUGUCUUCCUCUGGGGAUGAUUGCAUCCUUUCCAGCCUGUCGUAUCACCUACCGAAUGUGGACAAAGACAAAGGGGAUGUAGUUGUCAAAACUGAACCCACAUUUGACCCUGAUGAUUGGCAGGCAGAUAACCUAUUGAGCAGUGAGUCAAAACAAGUUGAAGAAGACGACGUUAAUGUGUUCUAUUCUGAAUUUGUGAAAAAUGAGGAAGAAUAUGGACAGCAGUGUGUCAGUGAUGUAACUGAAGAUCAGGGAGCAUCUGUUGAAGUAACAGUUCCAUUUUUUGAGGAAAAUGAGUCCAGUGAUGGUGACCACAUGGAUGAAAAAUGGUUCAAUCACUUGGGAACUUGCAGUCGGACAUCUAAUGAGGACGGCAGUCUUGACGAACACCAGAGGAUGCGUGCGGGCAGAAGCAAAGGACAAGAAGAGAUGGACCCACAUUGUUCCUCAAGCUCGGCUUUUCACACUGAACCACUCCCUAUUGAUAAAUUCAACAAGUCUGUUCCUUUUGACAUGUCAAACAUUGCACCCCAGGAAUUAAUAUCCUCUGACACAUCACAAGAACAAACAUCUAAAAGAAGCAGUCGCGUCAAACAAUGCUCCAUAUGCAGGGAAAUAUUUACUAGUUCUACUGACCUGAUGAAACACAUGAGAAGCCACACUGAACAUAGUCCUUACCUUUGUUGUUAUUGUGGGGAAGAUUUUGAUAGCUAUAAAGACUGCAUGUCACACCAGAAAGAUAAAUGCAAAGCUUCAAACCAGUCUUCAAAAGACAGUUCCAUGAGCCAUGAAAAUAACAUGAAACAGGAGAUCAAUGAGGUUUAUAGUGAAAUAAGUCAGAGCUCGACAACUGCAGAUGCAUCAGCAGACUCAAAGGCUUAUAAACAGCCACUGACAUGUCCAAAAUGUUGCCAGCGUUUUACCUACCACAAGAGUUUUGAGAAGCACCAGAAAAUAUGUUCAGAAGCAGCUUCUCGGAAGAUUAAGAAAACCAACACAAUCAAUUUAAUUAAUAAUAGAUGUGAUAUCAUUUCAGUUGACAAGGCUAUGGAGAGCACUUCGUCCGCAGCAGUGGCUUCCAGUGAAAUAAGUCAGAGCUCGACAACUGAAGAUGCAUCAGCAGACUCAAAUGCGUACAAACAACCUCAAACGUGUCCAAAAUGUGGCCAGUGUUUUACUUACUACAAGAGUUUUGAAAAGCACCAGAAAACAUGUUUGGAAGCAGCCCCUCAAACAAAAGAGCCAACCAACACAAACUAUUUAAUCAUCAAUGGCUGUGAUUUCUUUUCAGUUGACAACACUAAUGAGAUCAAUGCUGAGAAAAGUUCUGAAACAAUGGAAAGCCAAACUGCAACUUCAUCCACAGCAGAUGAUGCAGAGGGCUCCCAGUGUAAAGAUGGAACCUUUAAGUGCACCAUGUGUGAGAAAGACUUUUCAAACAUUGUGCUCAUGCAAAGACAUUACUCUGAGUCCCAUGAUUUCAGAGGCCCAUACCCCUGUACUUUGUGCAAGACCACUUUUACCAGGUUGGCUGAAUUGGUUCACCAUCAGCAAAACAAACAGUUGUUCCAAUGCCCUACCUGCAAGAAAGGUUUAAGAACUCCAGAAGAAAUAAAAAAACAUAAAAAAGUACAUACUCCAACACCAUGCAAAUGUGAAACAUGUGGUAAAUGCUUUAAAUCUCACUAUCCUCUGAUGCGGCACAGGAGAACACAUAGAGAACAGCCACCUGUUGUUUGUACAUACUGUGGGAAACAGUUUGCUUCAAAAAACUACCUGAAAGCUCAUAUGGUGAGGCAUACAGGUGGUUACCCAUGCCCAGAGUGCGGGAAGGUAUUCUAUCAAAAAACAUACCUUACAUAUCAUCUUUAUAAACACAAAGGGCAAGAGCCGUACCUCUGCGAAACAUGUGGGAAAGGAUGGCCGAACGCGGCUCUGCUCAAGGUUCACAUGGUUAAACAUAGAGAGGAUCGACCAUUUAAGUGUGAAGACUGUGGUGCAACUUACAAACGGGAAUCCCAUUUAAUGGCUCACCGCAGAUCCAAACAUUUGGGCUUGCGGCCAUUUGUGUGCGAGGUUUGCAGCAAGGCCUUUAGAUUAAACAAUGAAUUGAAAAAUCACAUGAAGGUACACACAGGAGAACGGCCCUUCUCGUGUCCAGUGUGUGGCAAACACUUUACACAAGCCUAUAGCCUAAAGAAGCACAGAGAAAAGCCAUGUAUGUAGGAGAAAUAUAUUGUGAGCUUGUACUGUUUGAAAACUGACAGUUAUCCAUGUACCAUACCAUAUUCUAUGUGUGUGUACAUAUGUGUCAAUUUGUGUAUGUUCAUUCAACCAAGUUGUUUUGUAUGAUUGACAGUUUUAAUAAUUGAGCCACAUAAUUAUAAAUAAAGAAGAAAAAAAAAAUCUUGAGU